AUGAUGGAACCCGCAGACUCCUUCAUCAAGGACUUCCUGGCGGGAGGCAUCACCGCUGCCAUCUCCAAAACGGCCGUCGCCCCGAUCGAGCGGGUCAAGUUGCUGCUGCAGGUGCAGCAGGCCAGCAAGCAGAUCAUGGUGGACAAGCAGUACAAGGGGCUCCUGGACUGCAUCCAGCGCAUCCCUAAGGAGCAGGGCGUGCUGUCCUUCUGGCGAGGCAACCUGGCCAACGUCAUCUACUACUUCCCCACGCAAGCCCUCAACUUCGCCUUCAAUGAUCGGUACAAGCAGGUUUUCCUGGGGGGCGUGGACAAGCGCACCCAGUUCUGGAGGUAUUUCGCUGGCAACCUGGCCUCUGGUGGGGCGGCGGGGGUCACCGCCCUCUGCUUUGUCUACCCCCUGGAUUUCGCCAGAACCCGCCUGGCAGCCGACGUGGGAAAAUCCGAGGCCGAGCGGGAGUUCAAAGGCCUGGGACACUGUCUGGUGAAGAUCAGCAAGUCUGACGGCAUCCGGGGCCUGUACCAGGGCUUCAGCAUCUCUGCGCCGAGCAUCGUCUUCUACCGGGCUACGUACUUUGGUUUGUACAACACGGCCAAGGACAUGCUCCCCGAGCGCAUGGACAUGCACAUCUUGGUGAGCUGGGUGAUCGCCCAGUCGGUGACAGCUCUGGCCGGCUUUGUCUCCUACCCCUUGGACACGGUGAGGCGGCGGAUGAUGAUGCAAUCAGGACGCAAAGGAGCCGACAUCCUGUACAGGGGGGCCGUCCACUGCGGGCAGAAGAUCUUCAAGGAGGAGGGGUGCAAAGCCUUCUACAAGGGCGCCUGGUGCAACGUCCUCAGGGGCAUGGGCGGUGGCUUCGUUCUGUUCCUUUACGACGAGGUGAAGAAAAUCAUCUAGGCGUGGCCCUUGGUCACCCUCGUCUAGGUGCAGGGACCCGGAGAGUAGCGCCGAAGACUUCGCUCUUACAGACCAUUGGCCUUCUGGAAAUUCUGACGUCUUUGACCGGCCUGAUGAUGUGUAGAGGUCUGGGGGAGGGCUCUGGAACGGGGUUCAUUGUGAUCACGACAACUGGCACCCUGAUUCCAAGCAUUGCUUACAGGGGGAGGGGCAUCCUGACGUCUUCGUGGUUCCGCAGGCAGGGCAGCUCCCUUACACCCACAAAGAACCCAGGUGUUUUAGGACCCAGAUGCCUUUAAGUAUUUAUUUAAAGACAGUCGUGUCUCCCACUUGUACUUAGUCGCUAUCCUCUUUUGCACAUCCGAUCACCUGUGAUAAUAUUCUGUGUUGGGCAUUUGGCCACAAACAAUAAAAAAACAGAACAAGAAU